UCUCAGACCUUGUGUGAGGAUCGCAUCAGCUCUUUGUAGCCGCUCCGUUUGCAUGUUCCUCCAGCACGGAGAGCCGCUGUUUGAAUAGAGGUUAACUGACAAAACACACGGAAAACUGCUGAAAGAUAGUCUGACUGAGAAUUUAAACACGGAUAUUUGAAACAUAAACCACUUCAACGGACACGAGACGCUCAAGAGACACAACUAUUUAACUCCGGCAGAUUUCUGUGGCGAGGGACCUCUUAGGGUAUCAGUAAAUCCUAGAUUUGCUCCUACGUUUGGGGAUCUAGAAGAUUGCUAUUUUUUCCAUCAGAACCUACUGCAAAUCGACUGAAUUUGGAGGACCAACGCUGAUUUCGACGGAUACUGCUCGGAAGACAAGGGAGACGAGACGGGCGACAGGCUUUGUUAGACCUUUAAUGUUGCAAUCGGAUCAAGGAUUGUGUGGAUUAUUUUGGAAGAAAAGCAGGACGAGGUUGUCCUUCAUGGAUGGGUUUCAGUCUGGGUUUUUUGCCUAAACUCAGCGCCCAAACACUUUCGUCGGUCCACCUUAGGUUUCCUAUAGCCGACUACGUUAAAUGUUUAGCAAACUGUUAUGUUCAGCCGUUGAAGGAAUGGUAUGAAUAUACUGUUAGGCGUACUUUGUAUUUUCUUUUCUCACAGGUAGAAUAUAGCCUAACCAUCCAAUCAUAGGAAAAGAUUCUCGAUGCUGCUCACCCGUUCGCGUUCAUGAAAGCGGUCAUUAUUUCUGUAGCGAAACAGCAUCGUUUAAUGCGUAGGCUAUACUUUCUUCUUAGUUUUUAAAAUCAGUGUCAUGGUGAACAUCAACAUAGCCUACGUGUGUAACAUCCUAUACACAAUUAAGAAAGAAUAAUAUUUUAUAAGUUGCAUCUAGGUUUUUCGAAGAAAAAAGACUGGCGUAUGCUACAGAUUGUAUUUGCUUCUCCAGUUCUCAGUUUUUUCACAAUAUUGUCUCAGGCUGCUUGUCACUGCCUGGAUUCGGAUCCCGGAAUCUUCAUGAUUUGCGGACAUCAUGCUCGUUUUUUAGCCGGGAAACCCUCUUUUCGUCCCGCAUGUUCAGGACCAAACGAUCGGGGCUCGUCCGGCGACUCUGGAGGAGCCGCGCACCCGUCGAAGGCGACGGGGAGGCGGAUAGCAGGGCGCAUGGCUCCGGAGGCUGCUGCAUGGGGAAAUCCACUAAGGUUGCCAAAUCUAACCCCGGAACAGAGGCUGAGCUGAAAGCACUGACCCAUUCCAUACUGAAAAAAAUUAAAGAAAAACAAUUGGAGGUGCUCUUGCAGGCGGUAGAGUCGAAGGGGGGUGUCAGGAGCCCCUGUCUUCUCUUACCCGGCAAAGUGGACACCAAACUGGGUCAACAGUCUUAUUCCCUCCCUUUGCUGCUCUUCAAAGUGUUCAGGUGGCCGGACCUUAGGCAUUCCUCGGAACUAAAGAGGCUUUCUUGCUGUGAAUCCUAUGGGAAAAUAAACCCAGAACUCGUCUGCUGCAAUCCACACCACAUGAGCCGGCUUUGUGAACUUGAGUCUCCCCCUCCUCCCUAUUCCCGAUACCCAAUGGACUUUCUUAAACCACCUGAUUCUCCAGACUCUGUGCCUGCUUCCACUGAAACUGGAGGAACUGUCUACUCUGCCCCUGUGGGGUUCUCUGAUUCCCAAGCUCUUCAGGAGUCGGGCGAGCAAGCCCACUGGUGCGUGGUUGCGUACUGGGAGGAGAAGACUCGCGUCGGACGCCUCUACUCGGUCCAGGAGCCCUCCCUGGACAUCUUCUAUGACCUACCUCAGGGGAACGGCUUCUGCCUGGGCCAGCUCUGCUCCGACAACAAGAGUCAGCUGGUGCAGAUGGUGCGCAGCAAGAUCGGCUACGGCAUCCAGCUGACGCGCGAGCAGGACGGCGUGUGGGUGUACAACCGCAGCUGCUACCCCAUCUUCAUCAAGUCGGCCACACUGGACAAUCCUGACUCGCGGACGCUGCUGGUGCACAAGGUGUUCCCCGGCUUCUCCAUCAAGGCCUUUGACUUUGAGAAGGCGUACAGCCUGCAGAGGCCCAAUGACCAUGAGUUCACACAACAGCCACGCACAGGCUUCACUGUACAGAUCAGCUUUGUCAAGGGCUGGGGACAAUGCUACACGAGACAGUUCAUCAGUAGCUGCCCCUGCUGGCUGGAAGUGAUUUUCAACACGCGAUAGCAGCAAGCCCCCCCCCCCUCUCACUCCCCUCUUGGCCAUGGACAUGGGCGAGCCCGAACCCCAUUUUUCUGAUCUUUAUUUUAAAAGAGACAUUCACGAGAAGAUGUUUUAAAAACACCCCCACACCCAAUAACGACUUUAAUAAAUGACUAAGAUUUAAUUAAGUGAAAUAAAGCUAAAAUGUAUUUUAUGUUAUAUAUAAAUAUAUUAUUACUUGUAAAUAUGAAGACGUUUUAUAUGCAUCAUUAUUUAUGUAUUGUGCAAUGUGUUAAUGAGAAAAACAAGAGAUGCACUUUGCUUUAAUAUAAAUGGAGACAAAGAAGAUGCCAAGAUUAAAAAAAUACUAAAUGAA